GCCACCGAGCCAGAGUCAGCCUCUGGAACCGGCGAGAUCUCCCGGGCGAACGUCGUGUGCGGACGAAAAUUCCCGGACUCCGGAUGAAAAUUCGAUCAGUGCCAUCGUAAUAAUUAAAAAAGUAAUCGAACUGUCAAAAAAUGUGUCUGCCGCGUUUCAGAGCUGUCACAUUUGAAUUUGGAAUUUAUUUCUUUUUUAUUCGGCCUGUGUGAGAGUGGAGGUUCCGUGUGUGAUUGUGACCUUUGUUUUAGUCAAAAUCUAAAUUAUAUUUUAUUGUUCCGGUUAAUUUUUUUAUAGUGAGGUGGCAUUUUGUGAUAUUUAGUUUUCGGACCAUGAAAUUAAUGAUGUCCACCAGCAGCCUCUGAAGCCCCAUCAACAAUGAACUGACGCUAAAUAAUAAUAAUGAACCCAUAAUCAAACACAAAAUGACUAACGUUAAAUUAAAACUCAUGUUCUUCCUCCUGAACGCGUUGCUGACAGCAGACAUAGUCCACGCCCGGCCUUACUCCGACAUGAAUAGCACAGACAUCGUCAUCAAGUUUGGAAACAACAACACAUUCAAUUUACCCAUCGACCCCAACUCUGAUACCCUCAUCGUAGCUGAAGAGACGGAUGAAGAAAUCAGAGAAACAGACAGAACAUCAAAAUCCGAACUAGAAGGUCUCAUGAACGCUGAACAAGGCAGAGACGAAGAUCUAUCAAAAAAGGUCAUGAGAGACCAGACGAAGACCAUGGAAAUACCAAACGGGGAAGAUAGGGCAGUCGAGAAACAAAUGAACAUAUCAAGUAGUCUGCUAGAUGAUAUAAUAAACUCAGAAACCGACAGAGAAGACACCAUCACUGAUAUUCUGUUCAGGCCAGACACAGAGUUUGCUGAAGACAUGCCAAAGUUUGAAUUUUUGAUAGCAGCAAAAAUAAAUGAGAGUGACUUUCUAAAUAGGAGUGUUAGUGAGAUAGACAGAGACAGGAACAGUAGUGAUGUGCUGAAGAAGGUGGACUAUGUGGAGCUGGUGGAGGUGGCCAAGCCUUCGAAGGAGAACAGGAGCGCGCUGAUGAUGAACAUCACUGGACAUGAAGUGGAUAACGACCUGGCGCCUGAUACGAUUUUGUCUGUGUUCUCAGGCUACUCGGACGUGCAGACCCUGUUCCUGGCCUGCUUCGGGACGCUGCUGCCGCUGCUGGCUGUACUCUUCGCCACACUGCUCAUCAGAUGUUUGUGUCGUCGCUACUGCCCCACCUUCUGCAAGAAGCACACCGGCUCCACUAACUCUGAGAGCAGCGAGAAGCAGGAUAAUAAUCAUCAGCAGUUGAAGUCCCCGACGGAGGAGAGUACCGGUACUGAUGGCGGGGAGACUCCUGCUGCCAACGGCUCCAUCUUCACCAUGACCUUGAAGAACAACCACCUGAUCGUCGAAACUGAGGAGAGAAAUGACAUCACAAAAAAUGGUCGAGAAACCAAAAUGAAGUAUUCUCCUGACAACGACGGUAUCUUCGUCGUUGAGGUGCAACAGUCUGCAGCCUACAGACCCAACAAGACUAUCCCUAACUCCCCACCCCAAGAUCCUCAAAUCUCAACCAAUCAGGCUCUGAUACACCGCGUCCCUGAAGAAUUAGAGAAGAAAAUCGAAGAAGACAGUGAAAAGAGUAGCACGAGAUAUGAAAAGGACAAAGCACUUGCGUUAUCUAGUACCGGUCUCUCCAUUUCAGACCUCAGCAUGUCAUCCAUCGGCUCUCACAACGUCAGCUACUCAUAUAGCAGUCAGUUGGGCUAUGAACAAGGACCUUUCGGGUACCCAGUAUAUGCUGGCUACGAUAUAUCCAAAGAUGAUGUACCAGAAGGAAUAGUGAACGACAACUCCCAAGAACCCUUGAUCACCAAAACCCCAACAGACCCUGACAAGCCAGUGGUAACUGCAGCAAUAUUCAAGCAGGACUCCAUCAUAGGUAGCGACGCAUUGCAAGGCCCAGGAUACUGCAUCGAAGGCUCAACUGAUGGACCUCUGUUAUCGGAUGUUCAAGCAAGAGAAUACAGCUUACAACAUCUUCAUGAUCAGAAGAAAAUGGAAAAUGGUGUAGCAGUUCCUGUGGCGGAGAAAAUUGAGAGUUCCAAGUCUUUGAAUCGAGCUGAUAGUCUUCCUGUGCGGUUAGAAGAAGGAGAACCGGAGAAGGUGCCCAUGGAAACUAUUAAAGAAGAUGAUGCUCCUGGGAAAGAUUCAUUGAAGGGUAAGAGAGGAUCGUUGCCAAUUAUAAGGACAGAUAUGUACGAAUCUGUUCGAGACGUGAUUCUGCCUUCGGGAUCUCCGAAGUUUGAGAAGUUGAUGAAUGAAACAUCGCCAGGGGAUGGAGCGUUCGACUCGCCCCCGAUGAUCACGAUCACAGAGGAGAGUGAAUCCAGCAAGUCUGACGGCACGAGUUAAUUCAGCGCUCGUUUUUAUGUAUAUAGUAUGUUUGAGGUUGUUUUUUGAUGUGAUGAGGUGUGGUGCCAGGGAGAGAGUACAGCGAGGGAGUAUAAUAUCGUGGUAGUGGUUACUUGAUAAAAUACAAGUAGAGAUUGAAACUUAAUGUGAUAUUCAGGUAUACCAAUUUGUGAUAUGCGAAGUCUAUUUGAUUCUCGAUACUAUUUUCCAUAUUGAUCUAAAUAAUUAAUUUUCUUAUCUUUGUCUAUUUCUAGUUAUCUUUUGGGAUGGGUCGCUUUCUCCCUGUCGCCACAUUGUUUAGUAAAUAAUUUUGUAAAAUCUAUUGAAGUAGUCGUAAGCUUCCAGUCACCUCGUUCCGUUUCAGUUCAGGUUCAGCCACUAGUAGUCCUCGACCGCUCUGUGUGUUGCUCUGUAGGUGAAUUUGUAAAUUAGAUUUCUACGAGGAUACUUAGGUGAUACUAACAAUAUAUUGUUUUAUUGAAUUACUUUUUUCA